AUGCCCACAACCGCCUUCCUGGCCCUGCCAGCCGAGAUCCGCGUCAACAUCUACAACCACAUCUCGCCCGCAUCCACCUCCCUCGCCUCCUACUCCGGUCUCCUCCAAACCUGUCGCCUCAUCCGCAAAGAAUGGAAGCACGAAGCAAAGAAACAAACAUCCGAAGAAUACACCCAGCUCCUCGCUUUCCUCGCCAUCCACAACAUACGCAUCCUCACGUCUGCCCGCGAUCCAUCAAAAAGAUCAAAGCUCGUACUCCGCCUCCCACCACUAGACCCCACUGCCAGUACCCUCUGGCUGCCAAAUUUCCUUCCCUGGCACUGGUCGUGGAUAACAGCCGUCAUCGUCAUCUUUGGCAACGAGUGGCCGCGAAACUACGGGUCGCAACUUGCCAUUUACGACCUGUACUGCGACACGUACAAGCAAUAA